AUGAUAAAAACUAUAAGUCUGACGUUCAAUUCUCUUGAAAUGGAAGAUGCAUAUAAAGAAUGGUGUUUCAAAAAUAAUUAGAAAAGAUAUUAACUAUUGCUCUGUUUUAUUAGUGUUUAUUUAGUAGUAAUGAUUACUGAGUUUAACAACACAAAAACAUUAUUACCUUUAAUUUUAUCAUGUAUAAUAUUAAGUUUAGAACUAACACUUUUAUUCUUCAUAAGGAAAUACUAAGAAAAAGUGGAAAUUAUUCUAACCUCUAACUAAAUAUUAUUGUGUUUAAUUUGUGAAUUCUAUAGAUUAUUUGCUGAUAAAAGUAAUUAAUGGCACAUAGGUUAUAGUUUAGCAUGUAUAAAAUUAUGUAAUAUUAAAUAUUCAAUUAGUAAUUUACGUACGAGGUAAUAAAUUUAUUAUGCAAACUGGUUUAUAAAUUCUUUGCUAAUGUUGUUCAUUUAUUCAAAUGAGCGAUGUUUAAAUUUAUGAUAUUAUAACCCAUAAUUUAAUAACUUUGCUUAUGGUUGCUUUUAGAUAUUCUAUUGAAUCUGGAAAUAGAUAAUAUUUUGUAGCUCACUUAUCAUAACUAUAGUAUGAAAAUAUUAUAUAAGAUUUACUUCCCUCUUGGGUUAUGAUAGUGAAAUUUGAUAAAAAUUAAGGAUAAUUAAGUCUUGAUAAAAUAAAUAACAAUAUGAGAGUUAAGCUUGAAAUACAUGAUGAUAAGUGCUUUCGAGAUUUUUUAAGAAAAAUCUAGGCAAUUCCAUAUGAAUCUGAAAACUUUUAAUCAAUUAAGUUAGAACAUACAUUAAUAAGAUUAUUAUAAUAAUAAAAAGAAGAGCAUGCAGUUGAGAGAUAUUAUGCUGAGAUAUAUAAAAAUGAAAACAAAACUAAAUAGUUGAAAUUCAAAAUAACACAAGUUUAUUUUAAAACAUUUGACCCUUCAGUAAUUUUGUUAUUUGAAGAGUUAAAGGAAGAUAAAAAUGAAUCCUUAAUUUAAUAGAUAGAAUAAAGAGAUUAAUCUUCAUCAACUUAUGCAAGAAUAUCACUUUAGAUCUUAACUCAAUAGAUUUCAUUGUUAUAAUUUAUUAAAGUUUAUCUAUCAAAAGAAAAAUCAUAAUAAUGUCCUCCUCAUUUGAUAAAGUAUAUUAGUCAACAGAUUCAAAGGGGAUAUAAUAUAUUUAAUUUAAACUUUGAUAUAUUAAAUCAAUUUAAAAUUGUUCAUGGUUAAAUCAAAUUUGAAGCAAAUGAAAUUAAACCCUUAUUACUGAUAUAAUAAUUAUGUGAAGACUUAAUAUUAAAUAAAGCAUAAUCGAAUCCAAAAAGGAAAUAAAUAUCAAAUACAGAUAUCAUAAAAACUGAUAGGGCAAAAUUAAUUUCUAUAAUUAUCAAUUUGGUUGAAUUUAUUAAAAUAUUGAUGUCAAUAAUAUAUGGAGAUGAAAAAAUCUUAAGUUAAAGUGCUCCAUUUGGAUUUCCUAUAUAAAUUUCUGUAAAAUGUUCGUAAGUUUAUCCUAAUUGUAUAAAAUUUGGACUUUAGCAUCCUAAAUUAUAUCUAUCAGCUUCUAUUAGAGAACUAUUUUUAAAUAUUGAAACAGCGAUUCAUCAUAAAAAAAGAAAUUGGAAUUAAAGAAAUUAUUUUGGAAUGAUAAAUUAAUUAACCAAUGUAUAUUCAUAAAUUUUUGAAGGGUAUAAGAAAGAUUUCAAUAAAUCUACAAGUUUUAUGGAUGAUGAUUAAUUGUUACAUAUAUAAAAGCCAAGUGUAUAUUUAAGUUAAGAAUCAAGAAUGCCCACUUUAUAAAAUAAUAUUCCAUAAUAAUUUUAAUUUAAUAUUUUAGGAUAUCCUAUGGCCUAGUAUUUGAUUAGUUAACUAGGACCAUGUAAUAAAUUACAAUUUAAGAAUAGAUUUAUAAAUUAUAAUGGAUUAACUAAUAAUUAUACAAAUUCUUAAUAAACAAAACUAUCUUUUCUUAUUUAUCAAGAUUUAGAUGAAUUUAUAUAAGAAUUAAAUAAAACUGAGAAGCCAAUUUUUGAACUAAUUUAAAAAAAAAAGAUACUCCAUUAUAAUAAUACUUAAAAAUAUUAUCCUUGUUCUUAAUUUGGAUCAUUUUAGGGAAGAUUAUGA